AUCCCCAUCGAUCUUAUGAAGCCUGCGAGAGAGCGAGCACACGGGCUCACAAACACGAAUCACCCCAAUUCAGUGCGGGAGAAGCGGCUUCGAUCGAUUCAAGGGAAAGGAAGGAAGGAAUGAAUGAAGGGCAGCAGGAAAGAUCACACAGAAGAACUAGAAUCUUGAGUCAGUGAAGCACUCAAUAAUUUGCACAGUGUUCGAUAGAAAUCCAUCCAUCAGGCUAUCGGGAGUCAAAGGUUGUGGUGUAUGUGGUGAAGAGGCAGCAUGAUUGUUGGUGAAUGGCGAUUGAGUAGUUGUAGAUUCGACAGGUUUUGGACGGGGAUUGUGUCGCCAUGGCGAUGCAAUUGGUGACCUGGGAGUUUGUCAUGCGGCUCGGAAGUACGUUGAUGUUGGAGGGAUAUCCGUUCUACGCAAAUGGGUGGAACUCGUAUUGGUUGAUGGUGGUUGCAUCGGAGUUGAGUACUCGACCGCGAGUGGAUGACAUUUUGCAAGAUGGUGCUGCACUGGGGCUCACCGUGUGCCGCACCUGGGCCUUCAACGACGGCACCCACCUUGCUUUGCAGAUGUCGCCGGGGAAUUAUGACGAGAAUGUGUUUCAGGGGUUAGAUUACGCGAUAUAUCAAGCUCAAAGGAACGGAGUGAGGUUGUUGCUGAGUCUUGUGAAUAACUGGCAUGACUACGGUGGCAAGGCCAAGUACGUUGCGUGGGCCGAAGCCGAAGGGGAGGAUGUUGCCGAUGAGGAUGACUUCUUCCGAAACGCCAAAUGCCGGCAGUAUUAUAGAAACCAUGUGAAGGCUGUAUUAACCAGAGUCAACACUUUCACUGGAGUGGCCUACCGCGAUGAUCCAACAAUCUUUGGUUGGGAGCUCAUGAAUGAGCCCCAUUGUAAAUCCGAUCCAUCUGGAGAAACAUUGCAGAGAUGGAUUGGAGAAAUGGCUGCAUAUGUGAAGACUCUAGACAACAAGCACCUCUUGACAGUCGGUACGGAGGGCUAUUACGCAUCAGACAGCAUAGGUUGCAGCAGUUCAAACCCACAUAAUUACUGUGGCACGAUGGGCACUGAUUUCAUCCGAGACCAUCAGUCACCAUACCUUGAUUUUGCAACUGUCCACGCGUACCCAGACCAGUGGCUAUCAACUGAGGAUUAUGACGAGAUGCUGGAAUUUUUCGAUCGCUGGGUGAGAGCUCACAUCGUGGACGCUGAGAGGGUUCUCCGCAUGCCGGUGCUCUUCGCCGAGUUUGGCUUAUCAGAUAAGAACUCUGGCUUCACCAAAGAGAAGCUGGAGGUGUUCUACAGCGUAGUCUACGACCAAUCAUACGAGAGUGCGCUGAAUCAUGGAGCUGGAGCCGGAGCUCUGAUGUGGCAGCUUCUUCCUGCUGAGAUGAGCGACUGGAACGAUGGAUACAGCAUCGAGCCGUCUUGCGGCUCCUCCAUUUGCAACAUGAUGUUACUUCAGUCUGCGAGGCUGAAGGCCUUGCAUAAGCCCGUGUGUAGUGCCGACACGGGCCCGUAUAUGGACAUCUUCGGCAAUAGAACGUCACCCAAUCCGCACAUGGUCUCGAAUUUGUUCCAACAAGGCCUGAACCAGAUCUUUACGUAGUACAGUAGCUCUAAGAAUAUUCAAUGAAACGUGUGAUUUGAAGAAAGCUACUACCUAGUGCAAUCAGCUACAGAAGAUGGACGUAGUUAUAAGCGACAUAAUCGAGCAUUCCAUACUGGUGUAGCUGCACAAUCAUCCUCGUAGCGCAUGGAUGGCCAACAAGGACUAGAUGAGAAUCGACUAGGUACCUUAUCGUGACCUUCCUUCUGGAUGACUACGCCGAGUUUGCUCAGCCCCAUCAGAGAAUAACUUGCAAGUGCCGCAUUUAGAGUUCACUUAUUUUAUUAACACUUAGAGCUGGCAUUCUACGAUGUAUCUUUGAACUUGUAAAAUCAAUCAAUAAAAUUGAAGUGGCAACUUUAUUGCA